UUGCUGUCUGGUUUGUUAUUUCUCCUGUUCCCUAGAACAAGCUACAAUAACAGGGAAGGUUCCCUCGUUCAACCCUGGCUCCACAAUGAGCUCUGCUCUGCCUGGCUACGUCGUUCUCUGCCUCGCUCUACAGGUUCACAGGCUGGUGUCAGCACAAUUCACAGUGACUGGACCUGACCAUCCAAUCGCUGCCUCCCUAGGUGGGGAGGCCGUCCUGCCCUGCCACCUCUCCCCCAGGAUGAGCGCUGAAAGCAUGGAGCUGAGAUGGUUCUGAUCCCAGUUCUCUGCAAUCGUGCACCUCUACCGUGGUGGGCGGGAUCAGUAUGGACAGCAGAUGCCGGAAUAUCUAGGAAGAACUGAGCUCUUGAAAGACGACAUCACCAAUGGGAGUGUUUCCCUGAGAAUACGCAAUAUCCAGCCCUCCGAUGAUGGACAGUAUAAGUGUUUUUUUAAAUCCAGUGUGUCUUAUGAAGAAGCUUUAUUAGAACUGCAGGUGGCAGGUUUGGGCUCUGCUCCUGCCAUCGCUGUGGAAGGACAUCAGGACGGAGGGAUCCGGGUUGUUUGCCGAUCAAUCGGAUGGUACCCAAAGCCUGAAGCUCAGUGGAGAGAUCUCCAGGGGCAGCUCUUACCAUCAACCUCUGAAAAAAUAUCCCCAGAGGCCAAUGGCCUGUUUCGAGCAGAGAUUGCCAUUGUUCUAACUGAAGAGUCCAACCAGAAAGUGUCCUGCUGUGUCAGGAACCCGCGACUCAACCAGGAGAGAGAGUCAGAGAUUUCCUUAGCAGAGCUGUUUUUUCUGCAAGUCAAUCCCUGGAUGGUGGCUCUGGGUGUGAUCCUGGUUCUCCUGGCUGUUCUCCUUCCCCUGACCAGUUACUGCUUCUGGAGGCAACACAGAGCAAAAGAGAUUCUGGGCUGUGCUGCUGUCCAUAUGCACCCAGGGACAGGCUGCUGUAGCUAAAGGCACAAGAUAAGC